UGUGUAGCUGGGAGUUAUUGUGUGUGUGUAGCUGGGAGUUAUUGUGUGUGUGUAGCUGGGAGUUGUGGGGGCGCUGUGGGAGGAAUGUACAGUGUCAUGUGAUGUAGGUGGGGUGGGUGCCGCUAGAUCUGUGUGGGAGAUAGGGUGCUGCUUGGUUUAGGUGGGUGCUUGUGUGUGAGUGUAUCUAUCUGAGUGUGAGUGUAUCUGUAUGUGUAUUGGUGCCAGCCCAGUGAGUGUGAGUGUAUUGGUGCCAGCCCAGUGAGUGUGAGUGUAUUGGUGCCAGCCCAGUGAGUGGGAGUGUAUUGGUGCCAGCCCAGUGAGUGGGAGUGUAUUGGUGCCAGCCCAGUGAGUGUGAGUGUAUUGGUGCCAGCCCAGUGAGUGGGAGUGUAUUGGUGCCAGCCCAGUGAGUGGGAGUGUAUUGGUGCCAGCCCAGUGAGUGGGAGUGUAUUGGUGCCAGCCCAGUGAGUGUGGGUGCCUGUGGGUUGCAGGGUAUAUGGUGGGUGCCCCAUGCAGUUGGUCUUGCUGCUCCCAGCUGAAACCCAUGUGUGUUGCUGCUGAGUGGCACCAGUGCGGCUGUGAGUGAGGGGACAUGGCACUGCCAGCCAUACAGGGCACAGGGUUCCAGUUCAGGAGGAUCCUCGGUUACUUCCCCCAGGAUAUCAGCUUGGCCUUUGCUUAUGGAUCUGGGGUGUUUAGGCAGUCGGGUACCCCCCAAAAUGAUGCUGGGAACAAGAUGUUGGACUUUGUAUUUGCUGUUGACGACCCAGUGACUUGGCACACGAUGAAUAUCAUUCAGAACCGGAGUCAUUACUCUUUCCUCAAGUUCCUGGGCCCAAAACACAUCGCUGCCGUCCAGAACAACUACGGCGCCGGCAUCUAUUAUAAUACCCUGGUGCCCUGCGAUGGCAGAGUAAGUAUGUGGCACCUUGGCACUGCGCCGCCCCUCUGCUCUGAGCUGGCCUGUAUAAAGUACGGGCUAGUUCAGGGUGUGGCACACGAGACGCUCGCUGGGAGCGAUUUGCUUGCACUGGAAGGACGCUGCUACUCUGCUGGAACUGCCGUCUUCACAAUAUUCCGUGUGAGUUGUCACAGCGAAAGUGAACGCAGUUUCCCAUGUCACAUGACUGAGCUUUGGGCCAUUUUGAUGUUCCAGGUGAAAAUCCUGACCCAGCGGGACGAGGGGCGGCUCCACACAGCCCUGAGCACCAAUCUGAAGAGUGCGCUGACUGCCGCCUUCCUUAUGCUCCCCGAAAGCUUCUCUGAGGAGGAACUGUACCUGCAGAUUGCGGGGCUCUCCUACGCCGGAGACUUUCGCAUGAUUAUUGGGGAGGACAAGGACAAAGUGCUGAACAUAGUGAAGCCGAACGUGCCCCAUUUCCAGAAGCUCUACGCCCCCAUCCUGCAGGAUUGCCCCCUGGCAGUGUACAAAGCAAAGCAGGGCAGAGUGGAGGUGGAUAAGAGCCCCGAGGGGCAGUACCAGCAGCUGAUGGCUUUGCCCAAGAAGCUGCAGCAGAACAUGGCGGCGCUUGUUGACCCCCCAGGGAAGAACCGGGACGUGGAGGAGAUUUUACUGCAGGUGGCGCAGGACCCCGAUUGUGGGAAUGUGGUGCAGCAGGCUCUCUAUGGUAUUGUCAGGUCCUCCAGCGUCUCUCAGAGCGCCAAGGGCAUCCUUACUGCGGGAGUCAGGAAGACGGCGCAGUACAGCUCCAAGAAACUCUACAAAAUGCUGCGGAGCCUCCGGAAGGGAAAGUUGUGACGUUUAUUGUUCCGCGGAUCCUUAUUUAUAUUUAUAGGCCUCUGUUACCCAUGAAUAUGGCGCCCCCUGCUGGUGCUUUGUGUGACCCAAUAAAUUAUCUCUGUACUUGG